GAAAUCUAUCUUUCAAAACUCCUUGCCGGGAACUGUCUGAUUGGUAGAUUUCUCGUGUGCGGUGUGUUUUGAGGUGACGUGUCUGUUCUGUGACUGAUAUUGGUUGGUGAUUCGUGGAUCGCACACGUAAAAUUGUCGCAAAAUGUUUAAAAUACUUUUAUUCCUCAUCUCAUGCUUCAUUUAUCAAUCGUACACGGACAAAACAGUGGAAAGUCAUCUCAGUGCAGUCGAUUUGGAAAGAUUUCAAAGCAUAUUCAGUGAAGCGAUAUUUUCGGACGAUCUGCAAACGCUCUACUACGCCGCCAUCAAUUUAAAAGACGUUCCCGCACGCGCAAAGGAACAUGCCUGCAAUAAUCUUCUGAGUUUUUACGAAUCUUCAAAAUUGAAUGAAUUCGAGAAAAAAUUUUACGCUGUCGGUAUACAUAAAGCUGUGGCAUGUACAACGAAAUUGCCUGAUAAUUUCCGCACAACAGUGUCGGCGUCGCUACAGAAAGACUCUUCAACAGCACAAGAAAUCUAUUUCAAUUUGUUCACGGCCAAAACAUUGGCUGUACCAGUUGAUAAGGCCUCGGCUGAUAAGCUCGCGAAGAACCUGCAGACUAUUUUGAAAAAAGAUGAUUCACUAAACAGUUUGGGAUAUGCUUUCCAUAUAUCGGCUGAACUGGGUGCUCCGGCUGCGUUCGUAGUCGAUCGGGUUGAAGAUGCUAUUGUACAGGCCGAUGAAGUCGACGGAAAGAUGCUCCAGUUUGAAGGCGGACUUUCAAUUACGGCUCUAAUUAUCAAUGGAGCGUUCAAGAUCACAAAGGCUCAGAACAAACCAGCACCAAUUACGGCAGAACAAGCUGUGAAGUUCGCCUCGUAUUUCUUGAGUCGACGUUCAGUGAUCACAUCAAAAGGAGCUCAUGUCCUAGUCGAGGCAAUCAAAUCGAUUGCCGCAGAGAAAUCCGUUGCACCCAUAUGCAUACAGAACUUUGGGAACGGACAAUUGCAAGCCGAAUCUCCAAUGAUCAAUAUUAAAGUAGUUGACUUGUUGGGUCAAGCUUUGUCUCCAUCUCCAUCGAAUAUUUUCGGGAAAGUCCUACAUAAAGCCGAUAAAGCCGUGCUGGCAGAAAAGGUCUCAUUCAUUGCACGCAGUUCCGACAAAACUGUCUUUAGCGCAGAUCUCUCCACGUACAAGCCAGCCCGUGGAUCUUAUGCUGUUGAAAUCGCUGCGAACAGCUACACACAAUCACUCAGCUUCAAAGUAUUGGGAAGAGUCAAAGUACAAUCAUUAGAAAUUGCUGUUGGCGAUUCAGACUUGUCAUCGGCGGCCAAAAAGCACACAAUCACCUUCCCAGUAAAACUGGCUGAACCACUGACAGCAGAUAGCACGCAGAGCAUUUUUGUGAAAGUUGCCCUCUCCGAUGAGACUACCAACAAAGUGAUGCAAGUACAACAGGCAUUUAUUCGCCUCUCGCACAAGGAGACUGACGAAGAGAUUAUCUUCAUUGCCGAUCAGGACGCAGCAAGAGCAUAUAAAUUUUACAUUGACAUUGGAUUGCGAGGUGCUGACUUUAGAUACAAGUCCGGCGAUUAUUCGUUGGAUUUGAUUGUAGGUGAUAGCUCGCUGUCGAAUUCGUUUAACUGGAAUAUCGCCGACAUUCACUUGGCAUUCAAGAAGGAGAAGGAGAUCAAAACACCAACACCUCGCAACCAGAUGCUGCCCGAGAUUACGCAUAUUUUCCGUCAACCAGAGAAACGCCCAUCAACAUUCGUUUCAAACACCUUCACUCUUAUCGCUGCUGCCCCAUUGCUCCUGCUCUUUAUUCUCUGGGGUAAGAUUGGCAUUAAUGUCAGCAACUUUUCAUUCAGGCCCAGUGUCCUUCUAUUCCACCUUGGAUUUGGAGCCACCCUUAGCAUAUUCGGCUUGUUCUGGCUUCAGUUGAAUAUGUUUGAAACGCUUCGCCUCCUCAUUAUCACGUCAAUUGUCACAUUCCUGGCGGGAAAUCGGCUGCUCACGAAAAUCGCAGCGGAUAAGUCGAAAUUGCAAUAAGUUCGCAGCAGAUUUAAGACGUUAGAAUAUGUUUUUUUUGUUGGAAACUAUUAAAACUACUUUUAAUCGCGUAUGGAUUACUAUUUUGUGUUGUGAUUGUACUUUCCCUUGAAUAUAAUAUUACCAUAAUGAACUGUUUAUAUCGCUUAUAUGCAAAUCUUAAGAACUAUGUCCCCAGAUUUUAGUGUCGACAUGAGUUCUCUAGCGCAUGAAAAUUCAUUUCUUCGUGCUUGGGAUAGCGAUGAAAACUCUUUCUCUUUGGUCAAUACAAGUAGUUCGCACAUUAUUUUCAUUUUGUACGCACUUCUAAUUACGAAUAAAUCGAGUGUGUUCUUCCAUAGCAGAUUGACACUAGAGAUGUCCUCAAGUUUUGAUCCAUUUCUGGAUUGUAGAGGCAGGAUUUCCUUAUUUGCUUUAUUUCUUUGUGUCUGGUCGAGUAGUUAAGUGGAAGAUUUUGUAAAAUAUACUAAGAAGGAAAUAAUAAAUUUAUAUUUAAAA